GCCAAAUCUUCAUUCACAUAGCUCAUAUUUGUAGGAAUAUCAGAAGGCACUAUGCUAAAUCCAGUUGAUUAUCAAUCCACUGAAACUCAGUUCAUUGGUUGGAGGAAAAUGGCUCAAACUAUUGCACCAGCAACGUCCAUCCAUGUUGAGGAAUCCUUAGAAAGCAGAAUGGUGGUUACAUUCCUCAUGUCAGGACUUGAGUCAAUGUGUAAAGAACUUGCCAAGUCCAAGGCAGAAAUUGCUUGUAUUGGUGUAUAUGAAAGAAAUGUUUUUGUAGUUGGAACUGAGAGAGGAAAAGCCUUUGUCAACUCUAGAGAAGAGAUUAAGAUGGAUUUUAUUGAAUACUGUGCUUCAGAAGAGGACAGGGCUGCAGAACUGCAGAAAAAGAAGACUACACUACCUCUAAACAGACAGAUAGUAGAUACUGUGGACCUGGAGACUCUUAGAAAGUCUGUGGAGGACUUUUUCUGCUUUUGCUAUGGUAAAGCUUUAGGAGAGUCAGUGAUGGUACCUGUGCCAUAUGAAGAGAUUCAGAAGAACCAGUCUGUUGUGAUAGUGCAGGGCCUGCCCAGAGGACUCACACUUAAACAUCCAUCAAAUUAUGAUGUUUCUACCCUGAAAUGGAUUUUGGAAAACAAAUCAGAGAUCUCAUUUAGUAUCAACAGACCUUUCCUUGAACCAAUGAAACACAUAGGACCUGAUAUGAUAGAUCCUUCACAUCCUUCACAUUCAGUUAUACCUCCGUGUGGAAGUAGUACUCCUGUUCAAGUGAAAACGGAACCAGAUAAGGAUUUGGAGACCAGCGAGGAUCUUGGAAUUUCUUCCAAAAUGUCAACCGUAACAAUGAAGCAGGAAAGAGAUGAUCCUAACUACUAUCAAUUUAGUACUUCAGCAGGCCCUUCCAAAACAUCAGAGAUAGAUGAAAAAAUUGCUCCUGGAAAAAGUUAUGCAGAUUCCUCACGGAAGCGUGACUCCUCAGAAUCAGAUGAUGUUGGUGAUGGUGAUGACUACCUCCCCCCUGAAAAGAGACUUAAGCCUGCCAAUUCGGCUAAUCAAGCCUCCAGUACUGGGAGAAGAACAGCAGAAGAAUUCAGUUUUGAUUCCUCCCACCAUGAGUUGUUGGAAUUAUGUGAGAAACCUGAGGUUGAGGUCACCCUUGAAGCUGAUGAAGAUGACUACCCACCCCUAGAAAAGAGACUGAAGUGCACAAAGUCAGCUGAUGAAGCUGCCAGUAGCCAGAGAAGAGAAGCAAGAGUGUUUGAUUCUGAUUCCUCACGGAAGCGUGACUCCUCAGAAUCAGGUACAGAUAGUGAGCCUGAGUUCACUAGUGAAGAUGAUGAUUAUGAUGAUGAUGAUGAUGAUGAUGAUGAUGAUGAUGAGUACCUGCCACCUAGCAGGAGACAGAGGAGCACCAGAUUGUCUAAUCGAGCUUCCAAUACUGGGAAAAGAAAAGCUAAAGACUUCAAUUUUGGUUCCUCCCAGCAGUAUUACUUCUCAGAGAUAAGUGAAAGACCUGAGCUUGAGGUCACUGUUGAAGCUGCUGAUGACAACAGCCUACCCUGUGACAUGAGACAGAAUAUCACCCAGUCUGCUAUUGAAGCUGACAAGACUGGGAGAAGUAAAGCAGAACAGUUCAAUUCUGAUUCCUCCAAGCAUGAGUUGUCAGAAGCAUGUGAGAAGCUUGAGCUUGAGGUCACUGUUGAAGCUGAUGAUUAUGACAACAUACCUUCUGACAAGAUACUGAAGAACACUGAGUCUGCUAAUGAACCUGCCAAUACUGGAAGAAGAAAAGCAGGAGAUUUCAGUUUUAAUUCCUCACAGAAGCGUGAUUUGUUGGAAUUACGUGAGAAACCUGAGGUUGAGGUCACCCUUGAAGCUGAUGAAGAUGACUACCCACCCCUAGAAAAGAGACUGAAGUGCACAAAGUCAGCUGAUGAAGCUGCCAGUAGCCAGAGAAGAGAAGCAAGAGUGUUUGAUUCUGAUUCCUCACAUCAUGCCUUCUCAAAGAUAAGUGAAAGACCUGAGCUUGAGGUCACUGUUGAAGAUUCCUCCCAGGAUGAGAUGUCAGAAAAAAGUGAGAAUUCUGAGGCUGAAUUUAGUAGCGAAGAUAAUGAUGAUGAUUACCUGCCCUCUGAGGACAAACAGAGGGGAACCAAGUGUGCUAGUGGAGCUGCCAGUAUUGGGAGAAGCAGAGGAAGAAAGUUCAAUUUUGACAAAUGGAAUAUGCGAAUUAAAGACUUGAGAAGUGAAGUUGAAGAGCUGUUUGAAAGAAAAUACGCUGAAGCUAUAAAAGCAGAAGGUCCAGUGACUAUCCCAUAUGCACUCUUCCAGUCACAGAAAGAAGAUUUGUAUGUGGAAGGGCUGCCAGAAGGGAUUCCCUUCCGGCGUCCCACCACCUACGGCAUUCCCCGGAUGGAGAGGAUACUUCUAGCAAAGGACCAGAUCCAGUUUGUAAUUAAGAAGCCUGAACUUCUGAACUUGACACACGUUCCAGUGGACAAGACAGUUUCAGGAGUCUCAAAUCCAUUGAGAGAGGAGUGGUAUGCCAGAAUCACCAGACUGAGAAAGACGGUAGAUCAACUUUUCUGUAAAAGUUUUGCCGAGGCUUUGGGGAGCAGGGAGCCCAAAGCUGUUCCAUACAAGUUAUUUGAAGCUCAUCCAACUGACCUCUGUGUUGAAGGGCUGCCAGAGAACAUCCCCUUUAAGAGUCCCUCCUGGUAUGGAAUCCCCUGCCUUGAACAAAUAAUCAAAGCGGGCAACAGAAUCAAAUUUGUGAUCAAAAGGCCAGAGCUUCUAACUCAUGCUUCAGGCAGAGCUAUUCAGCCCAGAUCGAACAGUCAAGGGAAAGACGAUUGGAAUUCCAAGAUUACAAAGCUAAGAAGCGAAGUAGAAGAUAUAUUUUGUAAGAAGUUUGCUGAAGCUCUGGGGAUUUCAGAGGCAGUGAAAGUUCCCUAUUCUGUAUUUGAAUCAAACCCUGAGGUCUUGGUUGUUGAGGGCUUGCCAGAAGGAGUUCCCUUCCGGAGUCCCACGUGGUUUGGAAUUCCACGCCUUGAAAGAAUCCUCCGUGCAAGCAGCAAAAUCACAUUUGUUAUUAAGAGGCCUGAGCUUGUCAUUUCCCAUUUGCCUGUAAGAGUGGCUAAUAAAUUAAAGGCAAAAGCAUGUAGUGCAAGAAGUCCCAGAACGUCACAAAGUUCUUCAGAGAAUUCAAGUAUCCCAGAGAUUGAAGUUACUGUUUAUGACAGUCCUCAAAAAGCACAAACAACAGAUUCUCAAACCAAUGGCUCCAAUAAAAAUGUGAAGCAACAAGGAAGAGGGUUUUCUUUUGAGGUGUGGAGUGCCAAAAUUGCUGGCUUAAAGCAACAAGUUGAAGAUCUUUUUAAUGAAAAAUGUGGGGAAGCACUGGGACUCAGUGGUCCAAUGAGGGUGCCAUACGGACUGUUUGAAUCCUUCCCAGAGGUUUUCCAGGUGGAAGGACUACCUGAUGGGGUGCCCUUCCGUCAACCUUCAACGUUUGGGAUUCCAAGACUAGAGAAGAUCCUGAGAAAUAAAUCCAAAAUAAAAUUUAUUAUUAAAAAGCCUGAGAUGCUUGAGGCAGCGAUCAAAGAAAGUUCUGCUAAAAGCUCCAAAAGAAAAAAUAAUUCCUCCAGUAAAGACAAUACAGCAAGGACCACAAAAAACACAGCAGUGAACAAAAUUGCAGGUGUUGAAGACCUAAACAUCAUUCAAGUAACCAUACCAGGUGAUGAAAGUGAGCAACUGCCAAAAGUAGAAAAUGCCAGACAAUUGAGAGAGCAAGUAAAUGAUCUUUUUAGCCAGAAAUUUGGUGAAGCCACUGGUAUGAAUUUUCCUGUGAAAGUCCCAUACAGAAAAAUCACUAACAACCCUGGUUGUGUGUUGGUGGAUGGAAUGCCUCCAGGUGUGGCAUUUAAGGCACCCAGUUAUCUGGAAAUCAGCUCAAUGAAGAAGAUUUUGGAAUCAGCAGAGUCUAUCAAGUUUACUGUCAUUAGACCGUUUCCAGGACUUGUGAUUAACAGUCACCUGCUGGAAGAAGCUGGAGCAGAAGCACCACCAGCAGCAGCCACAGUACUACCAGAGACAGGUGAACCAAGCCAUAUAGAAGUAUCUCUAGGAGGUAACACAGAAACAGAGUUAAAUUUCAAAUAAAGCAAGAUCCAGACCUGAUGUCAUGGACCUCAUCAAUACUGGGCAGAAGCUUCCCAUUCUGAGAGGAGCCUGCUGGGCCUGUCUAGAGCUGUAUUAUAACUGUAUAAGAGAAGUAUCUUCUGUACAAACUCUUUUAUUCUAUUAGAUAGAAAUGUCUACUUUUUCAGCAGUUCUGUGAAUUGACCUAAAUCAAAGAAUUACUGUAGAUUUGGAAUAUCUGAGUUUACUUUGCAAUAUAUUUUAAGGACUAAAAUGCAUUGAUUUAGCAAUGCUGGGGAGAUGCUAGGGAUUAAAAUCAACAGGGAGUUAACUGAGCCUGUCUGCAUUUUCCAAUGAAGCUGAAUUUCACUGUACCUGGGUGCAUCCUAGCUUUUGUAAUGAAAAAUUCCUGCAAAGAGUUCCAUUUGUUUACUUUGGAGGAAAAAACCUUCACAUUAGUUUUCAGCUAUUUAAUGGCUCGUUGGACAAUAUUAUUUGUAUAUUUGAGCUAAUUUUUCCUGUUCUAUCUAUCUAUCAAUUUAUAUGUUUUUCCUAAAUAAAAGAUAAACUGGUUCACUUGAUGGUUAGUGUGCAUUAUUGAGAUGGACUGUGAAAUGGUCAGUACUCCAGUGGGGAUUAGAAACCAUCUGAAACUAAACCCCAUCAUAGUUUGUACUGUACAGUUCUGGCUAUAUGAUAAUCUCUAAAAAGGCAGAUUAUUCAUAAAGGUUUCUCUUUUACUGGAGUGAA